AUGGAGGCUUCGUCCGGGACUCGUGAGCCCCGGGCCCGGUCGAGAGAGCGAGACCCGGACCGGCGCCCCCGCACGGACCGAGACCGCCACCCCGAGCGACAACGGGACAGACCCGGGGACCGGCGCAGGGAGAGAGACGGGAACGGGCGGAGGAACGGGGACCGGCGAGGGGAGCGGGACAGGGGGAGGGACCGAGACCCCCGCCAGGACAGACACAGGGACGCAGCCCCUCGCGGUGGUGAGCACAAAGUUUGGGAAAAGUCCCGCCAAAGCCGGACGCGGGACGGACCCCGGGGACCAACCUGGGACGCAGCCCCGCCGCCCUGGCCCGCGCCUUGGGAAACCCCGGAGCCGCCGCCCCAGAGGAAGGGGGCCUUCGGGCGCCGCGGACCGGACAGUGAACCCACUUCAGGGAGAUAUCUGCCCUCGAACCCCAGGCCUGGACGAGAGGAAGUGGAAUAUUCCCAGUCAGAGGCUGAAGGACUUCUGGAAUGCCAUAAGUGCAGAUACUUGUGCACUGGGAGAGGCGUGGUGCAGAUAGUGGAGGUGAUAUUGAAUGGGAUGGUUCUCAUGUGCAUCGUGGCCUCCUACUUUGUCCUGGCCGGAUUCAGUGCCAGCUUUACUAGUGGCAGCGGCUUUGCGAACAACUAUUACUCACCGUUCGAGGGCACUGAGCUGGAGCAGGUUCGGCAGCUGGACCAGCAGUACACAAUUCUCCGGGCACCCCUGAUAUACAGUGGCGUGGCUGUUUCUCUGGGGCUGGGUGUCCUCACCAUGGGCGUUUUACUCCAAGGAGCCAAGAGUCUAACAAAGCUGCCAGGGAAGUGGCUCCUCAUAGAGGCUGCCUUCAGCCUCCUAGCAGCAGUGGGCUACUGCAUAGGCAUUGGCAUUUACCUCCACGUAGCUUUGCAGAUCAAUGCCACGGACACUUGCAAAACAAGGGAGAGGCUCUAUGCCCGCAAGGGUCUCACCUGGAUGAACUGCCAGCUGGCAGGCACUGAUGGAGCAGCAGCCACCUUCGCUUGUAUUCUGGUAAUAAUGUACAGUGCCAGCGUGGUGCUGGCCCUACGGAGCUACCGAGAACAGAAGCACUGCAAAGACAGCCAAGAACAGCAUAGAAAUUACAGUAAUGCAUCAGAAUACCUGUGGUCUGGAACGCUCUGAGAUCUUCUUCUGGAACCUAAAUGUCAACCCACCUCUGUUUUCUCAAAAAGACAGUUCCUUUAAAGACACAUUAGAUAACUGUGCUUUUCACGCACUUGAUUUUAUAAAUGCUCCCACUGGUACCAAUGCAAAGUUAAAUAGUGUCACUGUUCUAUCAUGAAAGGUGAUCAGUCUUUGUUGGCUGACUCGAUGAGAGCUUAAAAAAGAUAGCUCCAUCUUUACUACAAAGAGCAGCAACAGAAGUCCGGGUAUACCUUGUGGUAUGGCUCUCUCGCCAUGUGGUAAGGUCAUAGUGGUAAUAACUAACUAGCCAGAGAAAUUCGUUAAGAUGAGAACUACACAUCAGAGGAAGCAGGUCCAGUAUUACAGUAGAAAUAUCUUCACUGUCAUAGCUGCUUAGAGUCAUCAAAAGAAACACACCAUUUCCCCUUGUAUUUGGUCUCAGGGGAGUAACUUUAAAACAGCUGUGUGAUUGAAUUCUAAACCAGUAAUUGCAUUCUGAUCCUCUCUCCUACAGAAAGUAUUCUGCUCAUAGGGUGCCAUGGCAGUGCAUGGCAGCUGCAUGUGACACAAGCAGCCUUCAUCCACCAGAGAGGGGAGGUUGAGUUUCUGGUACACAAAACAGAUGCUUUUAGCAAGCCAUGUGCUUCCUUGGGAUUCCUGCCUCAAGGCCCAGAGAAAAUGCUUUCUGCCAGCUAUUCCAAGUUAGUUUCUUUUUUGUGGCAAGUCAUUCUAUUGGAAUUCACUUUCCUGAAAUAUUUUAUAAUUUUUUAAACAUGAAGCUUCCAAAUACUGAGAAAAUUCAUAAACUUCUUACACAUGUAUUCAACUGAUUUCACAGAUAAAGCAGUUAAUUUUACUAGACUUCAAAGGCUUAUUGAAGGCUUUUCAUUUCUGUAUUCCCUGACAGUGCCCAUAGAAUAAACCUUCAAAGGUAGACAGUAAUUUCUCAUUAUCUUGAACUGUUUCAUAAUGUAACAGAUCACUAGCAUUGAAUCUUUAAAAUAAAGUUCUUUGAGUAAUUUUAA